UAGCGUGCACCCAUUGUGGGGGGGUAACAGGUGAUUGCAGUCCACCUCUAUGAAGAUUUCAGCACUAGUGUGGAGCACAGCAAGCCAUAUUUUUUUUUGUAUCGCCCUAUUUCUACCGCUAAAACACACGGUACACUGUGACAGGUUUGGGACCAGUAAUUUUGUUUACUUUUUCAUUUUUUUUUUUUUUUUUGCCAAAGCGUUCGAGGAUAAAAAUGGAGGGGGAAUUGACAGGGAGUGAAGAAACGAGCGAGCCAGCCUGCCCGCCUUUGCUGGGAAAUGUCAAGAAAGACACAGGUGCCGCUAAUAAUCACCGCUCUCCGCGUGCUGCGACAUCUGGCACUGAUGUGGCUCGUGCGCGGUGGACUCUACUGCGGCAGGUGUUGCGUCAGAAGCAGGUGGACAGUCUGGAGGUCAAGCAGGUGUCUGUGCGCAGGUUUGCCACCUUUGACCUUUUUAUGAGAAAAAGGGUUAUGAGUCCAGAACCUGGUGACAACGCAGGUGACCGCUGGGUGGAGUACAGAAGUAUCGCCUUUCCAGAGUACAGUGCCUUACUAAGGGAUAACCUGGGGCCUCUCAGAGUGGAUGAAGUGCUCAAUAGUUUUGACAACACCGGAAAUGUUUGUGUCUGGCCAUCUGAAGAGGUGAUGGCUCAUUACUGCCUGAAAAAGCGUCACAUGUUCAAGGGUGCUGUGUGUGAGUUAGGAGGAGGUAUGACCUGUCUUGCAGGGCUCAUGGUUGCCAUUUGUGCUGACGUGAAGGAAGUUCUGCUAUCAGAUGGGAACGAGAAGGCCAUUCAGAAUGUGCGAGGGGUGAUCAACAGAAACAGACAAGCUGGAGUGUUUGGGGCCACAGAUGUGUCAAGCAGGGUGGUGAGGUGGGACUGUGAGUCGGACAUUUUGGCUCUGGAGGGACAUUUUGACAUCAUCAUGUGCGCCGACUGUUUGUUUCUCGACCAGUACAGAGCCAGCCUGGUUGAUGCUCUAAGGAGAUUACUGCGACCCAAUGGCAUGGCGUUGGUGUUUGCCCCUCUGCGAGGGGAGACCCUGGGCUUGUUCUGCCAGCUCGCCCAGCAGGCUGGCCUCUGUGUCCAUCAGCACCAGCAGUAUGACACUCAGGUCUGGGACGUGCACUUAAAGAUGCAGAGCGAGGGGAAGGAAGCGUACGAUGAGAAUAUCCACUACCCUCUCCUCCUCACUCUGACCAGUGGACCUCAGCCUGCCAGCCACACUCAGUAAACCCAAACAAGUGCGCCCUCGGCUCUUCACAACACCACUCCAGAUGCCCUCAGACAGUGAAGGUUCAUGCAAUUGAACAAGUGUCAACAAGUUGAUCCACAAGCGAUCUGAGUGAGAAUAGAAAGCAGUAGAGUCUUGUUCAUUCAGUUAAAUUGGUGCAGAGAGCAAAUCAGUCGAUAAUGUGCAAAUAUAUAUAUUUUUUUGAUGCUAUUUCUACUUUGUUACCAGCUUCUGAAAGCAUUUAGUCUCAUAUCAUGCAAAGCAGUUUUGAAUGUUUGAGCCUGCAUGGUGUGGAGGUAAACUAACUUUUAGUGAGAUAUAACCAGUGAGAAUAAACCAGAUUCUACUGUAUCUGAAGGCCAAGAAAAGAGAGGAAGCGGUACUCUAAUCUGGUAUUGAUAAUUUUUCCCAUACCAAACAGCCUAUUUUCAAUCUGUCUUGAAGGGUACAACUCUCAAAACUAUUAGUCAGUCAAGUCGGCCCUGUAAUCAGUUGGUCAGUCAUUCUAGUAGCUUGUCAGGGACAUCCAACAGUUACUUAAGCACUCUAAUCAUUCAUCACUUUAGGCUAUGUCCUCACUAAGCCGGAUAGAUUUGAAAACAUUGUUUUGGUGUGCCAUCCACACUAGAUCACAAUAGCAUUUUCAGACCAUUUUUCAAAGCCUCGCCAUCCACAUUAAAACACCUCAAAAAUGCUUAAAGUCCCCUGUCAAGCAUGCACAGGCCUACAUGUAUGUCCUGCACAUGCUCAGUACCAGACUACAGCCUAGAUCUCAUGACAGUCCAAUGAAAGAGUUUUCAGAAAGCUGUUUUCCCCUUUUACACUCUAACAUCAAUGCUUUAAAAUGUAAACACGUUUAAACACAGCACAGCAACCAAAGGCAGGCAAGGGAAAUGGAUGGAAGGAUGGCUGGAAAAAGAUUUUUCAAAUGUAUGGGAUUUAGUGUUGACAUAGUCACCCAAUCAGCCGUUCACUGACUUAGUGUUAAUCAGCCAGACAGGUAACCAGUCAACCAUCCAGUCAGUAAAUCAGUCAGUCAUUCAGUAUUAUUUAUCAGCUAGUCAUUCACACCGGCAGUGAAUCAGUCAGACAGUAUGAAGUGUCUGUUAGCUGGUCAGUCAGUAUUAACCCAGUGCCACUGUGUUCUUGGCCCCGCCUUGGAAGCCAACCGUAAUUCAUUUACCAUGACAGGAUGUGGAGCAGCUUACAAUCUCCUUCUGUGUUUUCCUUUCUUUCUCUUUUCCCCCAUUCUUUUCCCCCUUUUAUUACCACUAAUACUAUUCAUUUAUCCCAGUCAGAGGUCAGUAUUAAGAACUUCUUUUGUGCAUUACUUAGAACAGUACAUUAACAUAUUAGGAACUGUGUGUGUGACAGAGAGGGGGAGAGACAGACAGUCCAGCAGAGAGGAAGAAAACAUGCACACAAGUUGUAAUGAUAGUAUAUUAUUCAAUUAUGUGAUGGAAAGUGACCCCAAUACUGUGCAAUAGAUAAAAUGUGCAGAUGGGAACGGAGCAGGAUUCCCUGGCUCCUUCACCAACCCAUAUUGCACUGUUUUUUUUUUUUUUUGCAGUCUAUCUGAACAUGGUCUUAAAUAUAUAAACUUUGUAUAUCCAUACUUCUUGAAAGCCCAACAACCAAAAAACAGCCUGAAAUUCUGCACAGUGAGAAGAAUCACUCCUCCUUUUUCAGUACAUGAUUUUUUUUUUUUUUUUUUUUUUUUUUUUUUUUUAAUUAUCACCAGAAUCAACAGUUUUGCUCAGGAGUGUUUCCAUGUUUCCAGCAGAUUCCUGUUUCCUGUAGUAUUAGAAAAACACCAGUAGUCAGUUGGUUGUCAGUCAGGCCCAAAGCUGUAGGCAGAGACCCAUCAGACUUGUGUGGUGUUUCCAUAUUUCACUGUGAUCAACUGUCAGCAGUCAAGAACCUAUGCAGUAUCUCCCGAUGGCUCGCUCUCACAUUCCAAAGAUGAUCAUGUUAAAAACAACAAUUUCAGAAAACAUUACAGUGUACAGUGUGUUACAUUGAAAGAUAAAUUUAACCAUCAAUAUUGUCAGUGCUUUGCAGAACUUAUUUUACAAAAACUGACAGUUCAUGUAUUACAAAAUGUUAGGAGUGUAUUACAUUACACUGUAUGAACUUUUUAUCAUCAGUCCCAAUGCCUUGUGGAAAGAACAGUUUGCUGUAUACCAGUGACAUCUGUGGACUAAUUUACCAAGCUGAAUAUACAGCCGUCAACACCAUCCUCCACUGCGACUACUGCAUGUCCUGUGAUUUUGUCACUGUCGACUGUGAUAUCACCACUGCUUAUAGUGAUAGUGAUGUCAUCUCAACGCACUCCAGCAUCACCACUGCUUACUGUGAUCCUGCGUCACCGCGUGGCUGCUUCUUGUGACAUCACCCAGGCGUGCAGCAACAUCUUUUCAGUGCGCUCUGGCGCACCCGCAGUUCACUGUGAUGUCACAUUUUGCACACAGCGAUGUUAUCACUACUUAGUGCGAUGUGACGACUGUGCGCUCUGACUCUACCACUUCUCACUGUGACAUCACCCGACUAUCCAGAAACCAGUCAGAGUUUGUCCAGGGUGCACCGUGGCUGCCAUGUUGCUACCUCCUCUCUGGGAAUAAGACCUGUCGACUCCAACUGUGCAAUUAUGAUUUCCUUAACUGAUUAGAUGGCCAACAGUUGGCAUGUAGUCACAUGCAGCUUUGAAAAGACCAUGCAGCAGGAUUUUGAGCUAACAGGGCUACAGCUGAAAGCUACAGUGGGUAAAGUUGUAAAGGAGUAGCCCUGUUCAAUUGUGUUUGGGUCAAUGUAUUGUGGGAUGCAUCAGCUAGGUUGUUGUCUUGAUAAUCAGUCAAAAUUCUUCAGACAUUCAUUACUCUCAUAUGGUGAGUUUCCCUAGUCACGAUACCAAAUACCUUCCAGUUCACUGUUAUCAAUAGUUUGAAUGUUGUAUUUUUCAGUCUAAUGGUGGGUGAUUUCUGUGAAUGAGUAUUACUAAAUAAAUUAUCUUGAAGUAA